UUGGUUUAGGCUCCGCACGGUCCAGCGACCUGACGACCUUCUCCAACAAAGGAGAAGCGUUGUCCAGCAAUCCCUGUCGCGCAUAUAAGUACGCUACACAACCACGGGACGUGAUCGUGUCCGGUUGGUCCACCCCCAGAGCACCUCCUCUGAUGGCCAGGGCUCUUUCACACGAAGGCUGCGCCUCAGCGUACUUUCCCUGGUAUCCGUCGAUUGACUUUUACCUGAAUCGGUACACCUUCGCAUAUGGCGUCAGCUGGAUACUGGUUCGAAUCUCCUUGGGUGCACACUUGUUCUCCUGACUUGGAUAUUUUCCCAUGGACACAAUGUGUGUCAGUCCUGAGAACACCUCUUGGAGUCGAUCCUAGAAAGAACCUUGUGACACUUCCAUUGAAUUACCCAUCCUGGCCACAAGAGGUUCCCAGUUGAGGGUAU